AGCAGUUUAGAAUUCACUCAAUCCUAUCCACUGGGGCCAGUAGCCUUGGGACAUUAGGUUUGCUUGACAUCAAACAGAGUGAAAAGGCAACUCACAGAAUGAGAGGAAAUAUUUACAGAAUAUAUAUCUUAUGAGCGGUUAAUAUCCAGAAUAUAAAAAGAACUCUUACAACAACAGCAAAGAAAAUCAAUCCAUAUUAAAAAAUGCGCAGGGCCUUUUUCAGCCAUCUUGGACCCUGUGGAGGCCUGCUGGGAACAGGACUUCUAAAAUGACAAAUAUGUCUGGAAGGCUGUGGUCCAAGGCCAUUUUUGCUGGCUAUAAGCGGGAUCUAUGGAACCAGAGGGAGCACACAGCUCUUCUGAAAAUGGAAGGUGUAUAUGCUCGAGAUGAAACUGAAUUCUAUCUAGUCAAGAGAUGUGCUUACGUGUACAAAGCAAAGAACAACACAGUAACUCCUGGUGGAAAACCUAACAAAACCAGAGUAAUCUGGGAAAAGAUAACUCGUGCUCAUGGAAACAGUGGCAUGGUUUGUGCCAAAUUCCAAAGCAACCUUCCUGCUAAGGCCAUUGGACACAGAAUCCAUGUGAUGCUGUACCCUUCAAGGAUUUAAACUUACUGAAAAGUAAAUAAAUAAAAGUGUGGAUUAAAAAAAAAAA